CAGCAGCCUGCAGACUCCAGCGCCUCCAGCAUGACCAGGGCAGCAAUUCUGGUGCUCCUCUCCUUCGCGCUUUGCUGCGCCCCAGAUACUGUCUUUGGGAUUGAGGUGGACUGCAGUACCUAUCCCAACACCACAAACGAGGAGGGCAAAGAGGUGCUGGUGUGCAGCGAGGCCGUCAGCCCCAUCUGCGGCUCCGACGGCGUCACCUACGGCAACGAGUGCCUGCUCUGCGCCUACAACGCAGAAUAUGGAACCAAUGUCAGCAAAGACCACGAUGGAGAGUGCAAGGAAGUUGCCCCCGUGGAUUGCAGCAGGUACCCCAACUCAACCAGCGAGGAGGGCAAAGUGGGGCUGAUCUGCAGCAAAGACAUCAGCCCCGUCUGCGGGACCGACUGGGUCACCUACGACAAUGAGUGCCUGCUCUGCGCCCGGAGCCUGGAGGCUGGAACCAGCAUUGGCAAGAAGGCUGAUGGUGAAUGUAAGAAGGAAAUUGUCGCAGUUGACUGCAGUGACUACCCCAAACCUGUCUGCUCACUGGACUACAUGCCUCUCUGUGGCUCUGACAACACAACAUACAACAAUAAGUGUAUCUUCUGCAAUGCAGUCGUGGACAGCAAUGGGACUAUCUCUUUGAGCCAUUUUGGAAAAUGCUGAGUAUAGUGCCAAGAGAAUUCACCACGGGAUCCUCACUGGAAAAUCCCAGAUAAAGAUC